AAAUCCAUGGGUCCACCAUAUCUCUGAUUAUUCAUAGUAUUUUCGACUGCCGUGAAUGGGCCUCUUUAUUCAAUUCUUUUUCGGCCCUUGGGCUGGCCGUGGAAGUGCGAUCGCCGCCAUUUUGUAUUGUUGUUGGAUUGUUUGUUUGCUUGACGUAGGUACUGUGCAUUUAUAACCAUCAGUAGUUAUGGAUAAUGAUAGGGAAAAGGAUCGAGAUCGGUCAAGGCGUGGAGAAAGAACGAGUAGAUUUUCUGAUGCGUCAGUCAGAGACCGUUCAAACGACAGAGAACGGCCAGAAGGUAGAAGACUAAUCGUGUCCAAUAUUCCAUAUGAAUAUCGUUGGACGGAGUUAAAGGAUUUAUUCAAGGAAAAGGUAGGAGAUGUAGGCUAUGUGGAAAUUUUCAGAGAUGAAAGUGGUAAAUCUAGAGGGUGCGGUGUUGUUCAGUUCACUACAUCAGAAGCUAUGAAGAAGGCCCUAUUUGUCAUGCAUAGAUACGAACUGAAUGGAAGAAAGAUUGUUUUGAAGGAAGAGUCAGAAAAUGAUGGCGCUAGGAUGAAUUCCUCAAGAUCUGGGGGAGGUGGUGGUGGAGGCAACAGAAUGCCUAGAGACGACAAAGAAAGAUGGGGGGCCAAACCAAGAGAACCUGAAAAUUUCAACACUUACGGCCUUAGUUUACAGUUCUUAGAUUCCAUCAAAGUGCAACCACCACUUGUGAAAAGGGUUUUUGUGGCUAAUCUGGACUACAAAGCAGAUAGGGCAAAGAUAAAGGAAGUGUUCAAGAUGGCCGGUAAAGUGCGUAAUAUUGAUUUGGCUGUCGACAAGGACGGCAAUAGCAGAGGGUUUGCUGUGAUUGAGUAUGACCACCCAGUUGAAGCUGUUCAGGCCAUAUCAAUGUUUGAUAAACAAAUGUUUUACGAUCGAAGAAUGACAGUGCGCAUGGACCGUGGUGUCGAAAAGAUGGAGCUGAGAUUGCCAGAGGGUUUGAAGAGCAUAGGUCUUGGACUCGGGCCCAAUGGGGAGCCACUGCGAGACGUCGCAAGGAAUUUGCCACAGAAUAAUGGCACCAAUAGUCUGAAUAUUGCCAAUACUAGUACAGCGAUCGGGGCUGGUGUUUUAGGCGCCGUUCCUAAUACUGGUGUGGCUUUGAAUGGCCUCGGCCAAGGAUUGACGGCUAAUACUCUGAACUCGGGCGCUUUGGGAAAUAAUUUGGGAUUGCAGGCUCUGGGGCUGACGGGCCUGGGCGCGCUGCAGAACCAGCUGCUGCAGCAGGGACUCACGGCCUCCGACCUCGCGUCCGUGCUCACGGCGCAGGCGCAGGCGCAGGCGCAGGCGCAGGCGCAGGCGCAGGCGCAGGCGCAGGGCUCCGGCCUGGCGCUCGCCAACCCCGACCUCUCCUCCAGCGUGCUCAGCAACCCCGCGCUCUCCAACAACAUGCUCGGUAACAACUCCAGUAUGAGCAGCGGUCCUCUCUCAGGUUCUGGCAGACAAAUGGGAAAUGUAUCAGUGCCUGGACAAGGCUACGGCCGGGACUCUGGAGUGUCACAAACCAAUAGAGACAAGGUCUCCGACAUGGUGAUGAUCACAAAUCUGCCACCAACGGUGACUUGGCAAUUGAUCCGCGAGAAAUUCAGUGAAUGCGGCGACGUGAAAUUUGCAGAAAUGACGGCGCCCGACACGGCGAUAGUCCGCUUCCACAAAGAGUGGGACGCGGAGAGGGCUAUCAAAAUGUUUGAUAGGACUCGCAUUGACGGAAGAACUAUCGACGUGCGUUUCUUCUAAGUGCAGUUCGUGGAAAAUGUCGUAUAGAAGUCCAUGUAUUGUGGGGUUUGUAUAACUCUGCCACCAGGAUUGAACCGCUUGGAUUUUAUUUUCAUCGCAUUUCUUGUAUCUUCAGUAAAAUUAUCUUGAUUUGACUUGACUUUUUCAAUAUAUUUGUGUCUUAGCUUUAAUACUAGAAGUAAGUGUCUCUAUGAUUCUGUACCGGAACAUAAUAAAAUUAAUUAAAGACGUC